CGAGUCUCACGUGCUUCGAUUUACUUCCUGUAACCCGUGUCCGUCCGCCCUGAAAAAGAGUGCCACGCGUCUUCCCGAGGGCGUCGCGCCCCAACGUCGGCCUUGAGCGCGAGCCCAGGGCUGACGGCGACUGGACGGCGAGCAGCGCGGUGGUGUGGGCUGAGGGCCGGAUCCGUUGGGGCCGGCGUCCGGGCGCGAAGUCCCGACGCGGAGGGAUCCGCGGGGGUAACUGCUGGCCGCGGGUAAGAGGCGUGUUAGUGCGUCGGAAACGACACUGCUGCGGGAGCUGGCCGGACAAGAUGACGGGACGAGCCCGAGCGAGAGCCCGCGGACGCGCCCGCGGCCAGGAGACGGCGCAGCACGCGGGCCUGGCGAGCCAGCAGCUCGCGUGCCCGCAGCCCAGACGUCAGCAGCCGCCCGCGGAGGGGGACUUGAGCCGAGGCCGCCAGAGAGGAGCGGGGGGAAACGCAGCCCAGGCAGCAGAAUUUAAGUUGUCUGCUGGGUUUCAGGAGUUAUCAUUAGCAGAGAGAGGUGGCCGUCGUAGAGACUUUCAUGAUCUUGGUGUAAAUACAAGACAGAACCUAGACCAUGUUAAAGAAUCAAAAACAGGUUCUUCAGGUAUUAUAGUAAGGCUAAGCACUAACCAUUUACGAUUGACAUCCCGUCCCCAAUGGGCCUUAUAUCAGUAUCACAUUGAAUAUAACCCAUUGAUGGAGGCCAGAAGACUCCGUUCAGCUCUGCUUUUCCAACAUGAAGAUAUAAUUGGAAGGUGUCAUGCUUUUGACGGAACAAUAUUAUUUUUACCUAAACGACUACAGCAAAAGGUUACGGAAGUUUUUAGUCAGACCCGAAAUGGAGAGCAUGUGAGGAUAACAAUAACCUUAACAAAUGAACUCCCUCCUACAUCACCAACCUGUUUGCAGUUCUAUAAUAUUAUUUUCAGGAGGCUUUUGAAGAUCAUGAAUUUGCAGCAAAUUGGACGGAAUUAUUACAACCCAAGUGACCCAAUCGAUAUUCCAAAUCAUAGGUUGGUGAUCUGGCCUGGCUUUACUACUUCUAUUCUUCAGUAUGAAAAUAACAUCAUGCUUUGCACUGAUGUCAGUCAUAAAGUCCUUCGAAGUGAAACCGUUUUAGAUUUCAUGUUCAGCUUAUACCAUCAAACUGAAGAACAUAAAUUUCAAGAACGAGUUUCUAAAGAACUGAUAGGUUUAAUUGUUCUUACCAAGUAUAACAAUAAGACAUACAGAGUGGAUGAUAUUGACUGGGACCAGAACCCAAAGAGUACCUUUAAGAAAGCAGACGGCUCUGAAGUCAGCUUCUUGGAGUACUACCAGAAGCAAUAUAACCAAGAAAUCACCGACUUGAAACAACCUGUUUUGGUCAGUCAACCUAAGAGAAGGAGAGGCCCUGGGGGCACUUUACCAGGCCCUGCAAUGCUCAUCCCUGAGCUCUGCUAUCUUACAGGUCUCACUGAUAAAAUGCGUAAUGAUUUUAAUGUCAUGAAAGACUUGGCUGUUCAUACAAGACUAAGUCCAGAGCAGAGACAGCAGGAAGUUGGGAGGCUCAUUGAUUACAUUCAUAAAGAUGAUAAUGUUCAGAGAGAACUUCGAGACUGGGGCUUGAGCUUUGACUCCAACUUACUGUCGUUCUCAGGAAGAAUUUUGCAAGCAGAAAAGAUUCACCAAGGUGGAAAAACAUUUGAUUACAAUCCACAGUUUGCAGAUUGGUCAAAAGAAACAAGAAGCGCACCAUUAAUUGGUGUUAAGCCGCUAGAUAACUGGCUGUUGAUCUAUACUCGAAGAAAUUACGAAGCAGCCAAUUCAUUGAUACAAAAUCUAUUUAAAGUUACACCAGCCAUGGGCAUACAAAUGAAAAAAGCAAUAAUGAUUGAAGUGGAUGAUAGAACGGAAGCCUAUUUAAGAGUCUUACAGCAGAAAGUUACAUCAGAUACUCAGAUAGUUGUCUGUCUGUUGUCCGGUAAUCGGAAAGACAAAUAUGAUGCUAUUAAAAAGUACUUGUGUACAGAUUGCCCUACUCCAAGUCAGUGUGUGGUGGCCCGAACCUUAGGCAAACAACAGACUGUCAUGGCCAUUGCUACAAAGAUUGCCCUACAGAUGAAUUGCAAAAUGGGAGGAGAACUUUGGAGGGUUGAUAUGCCUCUAAAGCUAGCGAUGAUAGUUGGCAUUGAUUGUUACCAUGACACCACAGCUGGACGGAGGUCAAUUGCAGGAUUUGUUGCAAGUAUCAAUGAAGGGAUGACCCGCUGGUUCUCUCGCUGUGUGUUUCAAGACAAAGGACAAGAGCUAGUAGAUGGGCUCAAAGUCUGCUUGCAAGCGGCUCUGAGGGCUUGGAAUAGCUGCAAUGAAUACAUGCCUAGUCGGAUUAUUGUGUAUCGAGAUGGUGUAGGAGAUGGUCAGCUUAAAACAUUGGUUAACUAUGAAGUGCCUCAGUUUUUGGAUUGCCUAAAAUCUAUUGGUAGAGGUUACAACCCGAGGCUGACGGUAAUUGUGGUGAAGAAACGCGUGAACGCCAGGUUCUUCACUCAGUCUGGAGGGAGAAUUCAGAAUCCACUUCCUGGGACAGUUAUUGAUGUGGAGGUCACCAGACCAGAGUGGUAUGAUUUUUUUAUCGUGAGCCAGGCAGUGAGAAGUGGUAGUGUGUCUCCCACACACUAUAAUGUCAUCUAUGACAGCAGUGGCUUGAAACCAGACCACAUACAGAGGUUAACUUACAAGCUCUGUCAUAUCUAUUAUAACUGGCCAGGUGUUAUUCGUGUACCUGCUCCUUGCCAGUAUGCCCACAAACUCGCUUUCCUCGUCGGCCAGAGCAUUCACAGGGAGCCAAACCUGUCCCUGUCCAAUCGCCUUUACUACCUCUGACAAAAGAAGACAAGAUGUAGCCGGGUUUUUCUUCUUGAUGUUCUAACGGGAUUUUUUUAAGCUUCUGUUUUUUAACUGCUGCCAUUCCAGACAAAACUAGAAAUUAGAGUAUUAGGAGCUCUGGAGUCUUUAUUUCUAGUAUUUGCUACUAACAGACUUAUAGGUAAAAUUAAGACUUUACAUUUUAUCUGGUUUGCUUCUCAAAUGUGUCACGAGGAUUUUUGUUUUGGAAAAAUGUGGAUAAGGUACUUUGUAUUAUAAACAGACUCUGUUUUUAAACUAUUUGAAAAAUGUAUAUUGAGUGUACUUUGAGGAGUGAGCAAGUCCUACUUGUAAACCUAUACUAACCUUAUUUUUGAAGUGCUUAUUUUGAAUUUAAAGGAGAGAAAGGCAUAAAAUGGGAAGCUCACUAAAAUCAUUUUAUUUCAGUAUCUGACAUCCUAUAUUUUAAGAAUAAAAGCUCCCAUUAAAAAAUAACCUCUACAAGGUAAGGGACAGGUGUGAGAUUCUGGAGAAAUAUGCUUAUUUCUUAUUUCAUUUUGGGGCUAGGUGGUCUGUGACAGCUAAAAAAAGAUAGUUGUGAAAAACGAUAUGGGUAUAUGGGAACUCUGUAUUAUCUUUUCAACUUUAAUGUUAUUCCAAAAAUAAAGUUCUUUAAAAUUUCAAAAAAAAAAAAGUUGAAAAUUUUAAAUUUUGGUCUAAAGAAACAUUUUAAGACUCUUUAACAAAACAGACCACUAGUCUAUAUUUAUAUUAUACCAUUUAUUUUGUUUUGCAACUGGGACAUUCUCCAAUUCGUUAUAAAAUAAAACUGAAGUGAUUGUCACCA